GGGGCCUCCGCCAACCUGGGUUCCAAAGGCAUUAUCAGGGGUCCUCUUGUAAAGCGAGUCAUAUAUUGACUUAAACUAACACUCAAUUCAUACCCUCAGGUCACAGGUAUGGCGUCGACGUUGGACGUGGAGGCGAAGUAUGACUUGAUAACGCGGAGACUGCAAGAGGUUCUGGGCGGUGACUCAAUCAAGGCUAUUCUCGCGGAAGGUAGAUCACCGAAGGCUUACUGGGGUACCGCACCGACUGGAAGGCCACACAUCGGUUACUUCGUCGCAUUAACCAAAAUCGCUGAUUUCUUGAGAGCUGGUGUGGAGGUCAAGAUCUUACUUGCUGAUGUACAUGCCUUCCUCGACAACCUAAAGGCUCCUUUAGAACUUGUCGCACACCGGACAAAAUACUACGAAUUUAUCCUUCGCACCGUCUUCACCUCAUUAGGGAUACCCACAUCGAAAUUAAUAUUCGUUCAAGGCUCAGAUUACCAGCUUACUCGCGAGUACAACCUCGACAACUACAGAUUAUGCGCAACCGUGACAGAGCAUGAUGCGAAGAAGGCUGGUGCAGAGGUCGUAAAACAAGUCGAGAGCCCACUUCUUAGUGGUCUGCUUUACCCUGGAUUGCAGGCUCUUGAUGAGCAGUACCUCGAUGUUGACUUCCAAUUUGGUGGGGUCGAUCAGCGUAAAAUUUUCACAUUCGCAGAACUCUAUCUUCCUCGAUUGGGCUAUGCCAAACGUGCCCACCUCAUGAACCGCAUGGUUCCAGGUCUCAUGGGGGGUAAGAUGUCAUCUUCGGAUCCGGAUUCGAAGAUAGACUUCCUUGACCCUCCCGAAGCUGUCAAGCGCAAGAUCAAGAAAGCUUUCUGCGAGGAGGGAAAUAUUACAGAGAAUGGACUUCUCGCGUUCAUCAAAAAUGUGCUCAUACCGAUAAGUCAACUUCGCAUCGAGCGUCAGAAAGGAGAGACAGGUGUAGACAGUGAAGAAGGCCAGGGUGCCAUUGGCAACCAAAAUCCAUUUAUAGACGAUGACGCACCGGAUGGCGCGGUGUUUACCAUCAAACGAGAGGGGAAAUUCGGUGGUCCUCCAACGAAAAAGGUUCACCCUGGUGAUCUCAAGGCAGCUGUAAACAAGGCGAUUGAUAGCUUGUUGGCACCGAUUCGGAAGGCCUUUUCUGAGUCUCCAGAGUGGCAACAAAUAGAGAAAUUGGCGUACCCAGAUCCAAAUGCGAAAACGGAACUUAAGAAGAAAAAGGAAAAGGUGUACCAUCCGCCUCCGCCAGGGAAAGGCAAGAAUGUUCAGGUAACCAAAGCCUCCACCGAAUCUAGUGAACCGCCGCCACCUAUCAGCGAAAAUACUCAACCGGGUGCUGCUGGCGAGCUCUAGGAUGAUCUUAAUUAGACAGGAAUGUGAGAAGUACGGCAUAUGGAAUAUAUGAUUGACAUGGAC